AUGAUUAAAAGAAAAAAUGAAUAUGCUAAAAAAUAUCAAGAAAUGUUAAAAAAAUUUAAUGAUGAAUCUUUAGAACACCAAAAAACCAAAGAAAAAUUAAAAUUGGAAAAACUCCAAAGAGAAGCACAUAAAAAAACUAAAAAAAUCACUCAAAAAGAAAAAGAAAAUCUAUUGAAACAAAUAAAUGAAUUAAUCGAUAAAAAUAAAAAACUUGAAACUCAACUUAAAGAUGAAGAAAAAAAGAAAAAAGAAUUAGAAAAAAUUGUUAAAAACCUUGAAGAUAAGUAUAAUAAAAAAAUUGGUGAUUUAAAUGAUUUAUUAAAGAAAAAAAAUGAUGAAAUUAAAAAACUAAAAAAAGAUCAUAAAUUGUUAAAAGCAAAAUAUGAUCAAGCACAUAAAAAUACUAACAAAAUUAAAAAAAAUUUAAAAGAUUUAAAUGAUUUAAUUAAAGAAAAUAAAUUAAAAUCAGAAAUUAUUGAUACAACUGAUACCACUUUAACUUUAGAAAAAUUAGUUGAAACUUUUGGUUAA